GAACUAUCUCCUGAGUGCGGCAAGUUGUAACGGGCACCGCUGAGCUUGUUUCCCUUUGGGGAAGUUCUUAUCUAAAAGCUGAGUUUAGUUUGUUCCAAACUGGGCCACUUCGCUUCCCAACCCUGUUCUGAGUAAGGAAAUAGCCGCCAAGCAUCAGCCGAGCCCCGAUGAACCGGGGCCGCGGAGCCGCUUAGCAGUCUCUCGGGACCCAGCUCCGGAGGAGCCGCAAGCAUGCACUCUGGGUUGUGGCUGCUUUUGGUUACGUUGUGCCUGACCGAGGAACUGGCAGGAGCGGGAGAGAAGUCUUAUGGAAAGCUAUGUGGAGGCCAAGACUGCAGUGGGGGCUGUAAGUGCUUUCCUGAGAAAGGAUCAAGAGGGCGACCCGGACCAAUUGGAAUUCAAGGUCCAAUGGGUCCUCAAGGUUUCCCUGGCCCUCCUGGUCUAUCAGGCUUGAAGGGAGAAAGAGGCUCCCCAGGCCCUGUGGGACGUUAUGGAGCAAAAGGAGAUAAGGGCCGCAUGGGAGUUCCUGGCUUUCUUGGCAUCAAUGGGAUUCCGGGCCACCCUGGACAGCCAGGCCCCAGAGGACCACCUGGUCUAGAUGGCUGUAAUGGAACUCAAGGAGCUGUUGGAUUUCCAGGUCCUGAUGGCUAUCCUGGGCUUCUUGGACCACCCGGGCUUCCUGGUCCAAAAGGUUCAAAAGGUGACUCUGUCUUCACUCAAGAUGGUUUCAGAGGAAUGAAGGGGAAUCCUGGGCUUCCAGGACUGGAUGGAAUCACUGGCACACAAGGAGCACCUGGAUCUCCCGGAGCUGAAGGACCCAUGGGACCACCAGGAUCACAAGGUCCUCCAGGCCCUCCUGGUCUCCCUGGGCCUGAUGGAAACAUGGGGUUAGGUUUCCAAGGAGAAAAAGGAGUUAAGGGAGAUGUUGGCCUUCCUGGCCCAGCUGGACCUCCACCAUCUACUGGGGAGCUGGAAUUCAUGGGAUUUCCUAAAGGGAAGAAAGGAUCCAAGGGGGAGCUAGGGCCUGCGGGGUUCCCAGGCAUAAGUGGCCAGCCAGGCUUCCCGGGAUUUGGAACUACUGGAGAAAAAGGAGAAAAAGGAAUUCCUGGUUUGCCAGGACCUCGGGGCCCUAUGGGUUCAGAAGGAGUCCAUGGUCCUCCAGGAACACAGGGCAAGAAGGGGUCCCCAGGUUUCCCUGGGCUUAAUGCACUCCCAGGAAUUAAGGGUGAAAAGGGCAGCAUUGGCCUGCCAGGCCCAGAUGUUUUCAUUGAUACAGAUGGUGCCGUGAUUCCAGGUUAUCCUGGAGAUCGUGGUGUACCAGGCCUCCCAGGUCUGAGAGGAAACGAAGGCAUUAAGGGUGUGCGUGGCCUCCCUGGUAUGCCUGGCUUGCCAUCAUUACCAGGUGUCCCAGGUGCCUUAGGGCCCCAAGGACUUCCGGGCCUGAAGGGGGACCGAGGAAACCCAGGCCGCAAGACAAUUGGGCCAGAUGGCCUCCCUGGCAGAGAUAGUUGGCCCGGCCCACCAGGUCCACCAGGCCCACCAGGCCUACCUGGUCCAGCAUUUGACCAUGAAAUCCUGCACAGCAAAGAGCCAGGGAUCCCUGGUCUCCGAGGCGAACAAGGGCCAAAAGGAAACCCAGGCCUUAAAGGAGUAAAAGGGGACUCAGGUCUUUGUGCUUGUGAUGGUGGAGUCCCCAACUCCGGACCACCAGGGGAACGAGGCCUACCUGGGCCACAAGGUCUCCUAGGCCUUCCAGGUCUUAAAGGAACCAGAGGAGAUCCAGGCUCCUUGGGCACACAGGGCCCAGCAGGGCCUCCAGGUUUAUUGGGGCCUCCAGGUCUUAUAGGCCUCAAAGGAGAGAAGGGGGAACCAACUAUCAGCACAAGAUCAGGGAUGCCAGGGGACCGGGGUGAGCAUGGCUCCCAAGGGUUCCCUGGUAGCACAGGAUCUCCAGGCAAGGAUGGAGUACCAGGUCUACCAGGUCUGCCCGGCCUUCUGGGUGACGGUGGACAAGGCUUCCCAGGCGAAAAGGGGUUACCAGGACUUCCUGGUGCAAAAGGCCCUCUUGGUCCAAUUGGAUCCCCAGGGAUGGGGCUUCCAGGACCUCCUGGACCUCGUGGGCUUCCUGGAGAUAAAGGAAUAGAUGGAUUACCAGGGCAACAAGGCCCCCGUGGGCGUCCAGGAGUCACCUUGCCUUGUAUUAUCCCUGGCUCAUAUGGUCCAUCAGGAUUCCCAGGAACUCCUGGAUUCCCAGGCCCUAAAGGGGCCCGUGGCCUCCCUGGGUCUCCAGGCCAGCCUGGAUCACGUGGAAAUAAAGGAGAGUCUGGGAGUCCAGGACUGGCUCCCCUCCCUGGAUUGCCAGGAUUUCCUGGACCUCGUGGAGAAAAGGGCUUUCCUGGGUAUCUUGGGCUUCCUGGAAAAGAUGGAUUAUCUGGGAAGGUUGGAAGUCCCGGUUUACCAGGAUCCAAGGGAGCCCCUGGUGACAUCUUUGGUUUUGAAAAUGGUGCUCCAGGGGAGCAAGGCCUACAGGGAUUGCCAGGGGACAGAGGAUUUCGUGGAGACCUUGGCCUUCCAGGACCCCAGGGUGUGCUUGGGAAGUCUGGCUUGCUAGGCCCGAAAGGUGAGCAGGGCAGCCCUGGAACACCAGGACACAUGGGACAACCAGGCCUCCCAGGGUCUGGUGGUCUGUACGGCACCAAGGGCAAACCCGGGCUCCCAGGAAUACCAGGCCCUCCAGGCACUUUAGGACAUCCUGGAAAGAAAGGGCUAAGAGGCGAGGCAGGUCUCCAAGGUCCAACUGGAAGAAAAGGUCUGCCUGGCCUGAAAGGCCUUCCUGGAUCCCCAGGGCUAAUUGGUUUGCUGGGAAGCCCAGGCUUGCCAGGGAGCGCUGGGUUGCCAGGCCUCCAAGGCCCAAAUGGUGCAAAGGGCUCCAUUGGACUGAUAGGAUUCCCAGGGGUACCAGGUCUUGCUGGUAUUCCUGGAGCACAUGGAUUAAAAGGACUUCCAGGAUCACCUGGAAAAGUGGGACCAUCUGGACAGGCUGGUAGUCCUGGUGAAAAGGGAGAUAGAGGUGAUCCAGGGCCAGUUGGAAUACCCAGUCUAAGACCUCCAAUGCCAAACCUUUGGCUCAAAGGAGACAAAGGCUUUCAAGGCUCAGCUGGUUCAGAUGGAUCUCCUGGACUCAAAGGUGACAAAGGAAAGGCAGGCUACCCUGGACCACCAGGCCUGCCUGGACCUCCUGGCUUCCCCAGUACCAUCAAGGGACUUCCUGGUAGGCCAGGCUCUCCUGGCUCUACAGGACUAUGGGGCUUACCAGGCCUGAAAGGAUCCCUGGGAAUCACAGGUUUCCCAGGAAUGCCAGGACAAAGUGGUUCACAGGGUCUCGGUGGGGCUCCUGGACUCCCAGGAGCAUCUGGUCUCCCAGGUUCAAAAGGAGAUCCAGGUGAGAUGGUUGAAAUUUCUGGUAUGCCUGGACCCAAGGGACAACCUGGUGAAUCUGGUGUUAAAGGUGCAAAAGGAAAAGAUGGAUUAGUUGGUGAUGUUGGUUUCCCAGGAAAAAAAGGUGAAGAUGGAAAAGUUGGUGUUUCUGGAGAUGUUGGCCUCCCUGGUUCCCCAGGUCUUCCUGGGAUUGCAGGUAUGAGGGGAGGCACAGGAAAUCCAGGAUCUUCUGGGCAUCCGGGGGCAUCUGGCCACGUAGGACCAUCUGGCUUAAUAGGACCCAAAGGCUUCCCUGGAUUUCCUGGUUUACAUGGACUCAAUGGGCUUCCAGGCACCAAGGGCACCCAUGGCACUCCAGGAGCUAGUAUCACUGGAGUGCCUGGGUCUGCUGGUGUGCCUGGACCCAAAGGGGACAAAGGGUCCACAGGAAUUGCUAUCGGAAAUCCAGGGAAGCCGGGUCUAAAGGGUCAAAAAGGUGGUCGAGGUUUCCCAGGUCUCCAAGGCCCUGCUGGUCUCCCCGGUGCCCCAGGAAUCUCCUUGCCCUCAGUCAUAGCAGGGCAGCCUGGUGACCCUGGGCGACCAGGCCUAGAUGGAGAACGAGGCCGCCCAGGCCCCCCUGGGCCCCGAGGUCCUCCUGGGCCAUCCUCGGAUCAAGGUGACCCCGGAGACCCUGGCUUCCCUGGAAUUCCUGGCCCUCAAGGUCCCAAGGGAGACCAAGGAAUUCCAGGUUUCUCUGGCCUCCCUGGAGAGCUAGGACUCAAAGGCAUGAGAGGUGAGCCUGGCUUUAUGGGGACUCCAGGCAAGGUUGGGCCACCUGGAGACCCAGGAUUUCCCGGGAUGAAGGGGAAGGCAGGACCAAGAGGCUUUUCUGGCCCUCGAGGUGCUCCUGGAAAAACACCAAUUGCAGAAGCCAUCCAGGUUCCUCCUGGACCCUUGGGGCUACCAGGCAUCGACGGCAUCCCUGGCCUCCCAGGGGACCCUGGGGUUCAAGGCCCUAUAGGUCUACAAGGCCUCAAAGGUUUACCUGGCAUCCCAGGCAAAGAUGGUCCCAGCGGGCGCCCCGGCCUGCCUGGGGCUCUCGGAGAUCCUGGUGUCCCUGGACUACAAGGCCCUCCAGGAUUUGAAGGAGCUCCAGGGCAGCAAGGCCCCUUCGGGAGGCCCGGGAGGCCUGGGCAGGGUGUGAGAGUGGGCUACACGUUGGUGAAGCACAGCCAGUCAGAACAGGUGCCCCUGUGCCCCGUCGGGAUGAACCAGCUGUGGGUGGGUUACAGCUUGCUGUUCGUGGAGGGGCAGGAGAAAGCCCACAACCAGGACCUGGGAUUUGCUGGCUCCUGCCUGCCCCGCUUCAGCACCAUGCCCUUCAUCUACUGCAACAUCAACGAAGUGUGCCACUAUGCCAGGCGCAAUGAUAAAUCCUACUGGCUCUCCACCACUGCCCCCAUCCCCAUGAUUCCUGUCGGCCAGACCCAGAUUCCCCAGUACAUCAGCCGCUGCUCCGUGUGUGAGGCACCCUCACAAGCCAUUGCCGUGCACAGCCAGGACAUCACCAUCCCGCAGUGCCCCCUUGGCUGGCGCAGCCUCUGGAUCGGCUACUCCUUCCUCAUGCACACUGCUGCUGGUGCCGAGGGCGGGGGCCAGUCCUUGGUCUCACCUGGCUCUUGCCUGGAGGACUUCCGGGCCACUCCUUUCAUCGAGUGCAGCGGAGCCCGUGGCACCUGCCACUACUUUGCCAACAAGUACAGUUUCUGGCUGACGACAGUGGAGGAGAGGCAGCAGUUUGGGGAGGAGCCUGUGCCUGAAACACUGAAAGCCGGGCAGCUCCACACCCGUGUCAGCCGCUGUCAGGUGUGUAUGAAAAGCCUGUAGGGCAGCACCUGCCACUCUGCCCCUUAUCCUCCCUCCCCCUCACAACAGUCACCUCACAAACCGGAAUGGUCUGAAGAAGGAAGACCGGAGCCCUUUUGCCAAUCUGUCAAGUUGUAUAAUGGAGUCUCAUUUGGGCUGGACUACUGGACCCUGGUCACCCCAACCCUCAGGCCCAAUAGAUGAGCCACACUGCUCAGAUCCACUGGCCCAUUUCAGUCAUCCUGGUGCUACCAUUGGAUUCAGAUGUUUAUAUGACUAUUUGUGGCUACCUCAGAAGGAUUUGCUGGGCCUCUACUUUCUUAGACUUCUAGCAUUCCUGUCUCAGUCAGAAAGCUCUUCAUAAUUGCUAAUAAGUCAUUUCUUCGUGUCCAGAGAUCACCACACAUUAUUGAGCUUAAACCAAAACCCAGUGUUCCCACAUAAAAAAAGAAAAACCUCUUGCUGAAAAUUUAUGGACAGCUCAAGUCUGCAUAGGGCAAGCCCUCACUAACUGAGGAGGGCUACUACUUCUAGGAAGGCAACAGAACUGAGACGAGGUGCUAGCCAGUAGCCCAGAGUGAGCUUUGACUCCUUCCAGAGUGAACAAGACUGGAUUCCACAUCGUUUAUGGAGGUUUCAAGUCCAAUAGCUGAGAGGGCCUGAGACAUCACCCGGUCCUAGACAAAUCACUUCCUCCUUGCUGGCUCCCUCCCCAGCCAGAAACACAGGACUUGGCCUCAUCCACAGUACAGCGGAAGAUGCAACCAAUGUGUCCAAGUCCAUCAAAGGAAAUGAGAACCAGGGGCCUUUUUUCCGGGCCAGGAGGGGAAGAUGGGUAGGGAGUGGGUAGAAGGGAGGAUGAGUAGGGAGGUGUGAAUUCUGCUUUUGACUCCAGGAACAAAAAGGUAAAUCCCAUGUCCCCAUUUCUCUGAAGGCCCUGUUUGUCCCAAAUGCCAUCCAGAUGUGUGCCAUGUGGCAAACUAAAGCUGCAGUGUGUUAGUUCAUUUGCAUUCUGAGGCUAUUAGAGGCUUUCUGUUAAAAUGGUCAUCAACUGAUUUUGCACAGGUAGCCUAUUAAACUCUUUUAACAUGUUUUUAAAACCUCAUAAAAAUUUAGCACACUCCUCCCUUGAGCAGUCAGCAGACCUAACGCAAGCCUAAGUUGGCUAUAAAGUGCAUUGUAUUCUGUUUUGGGGGGGAUUUGUUUUAGACAUUUUCUUUACCAAUUCCCUAACACACUUAGCUGUGUUGACAUGAGGCAGUUCCUUCCAGGUGAUUCUGUAUCCUUAAGUAUUAUGUAAACUGUGCCAACACAGACAAAAUAUAAAUCAGUGUAAUCCGAGUGAUUAUCUUCACCUCGUAGCUAAGUAAUAAGCAUGGUGACAGCUUUGUAU